GGGCGAAGCCAUAAGGAAGAUGUCGCCAUGAAGGUGGCCGAGACUCCUGAGCCGCGCCGACCCCGCUGCCGGGCCAUGAGCCUGGGCUUCGGCCUCAGCCGCCGCCUCCUUUCGCCCUCGCGCAACAGUCGCGCCCUCGCGGCGCCCGUGGAUGCUCCGUCGUUCCCCCGCAGCAGCAGCAUCGGCUCUCACCGACGACGGGAUGGACAAGAGCAACCCCUGUGGCUCCAACCUCGGCCCCGGUUCCUCCGCGGCAGGAGGCAAAGGCCAGCAGCCCCGCUCUAACUCCGCCGGACCGGCCGGGGGAGAUUCCAAGCCCAAAGGCGAUGGAAAAAAUGCAAAUGGAUCCAGGCAGCGUUAUAAUCGUAAGCGAGAAACUUCAUACCCAAAAAAUGAGACCUUCUCCAGCCAGCCCCGUCGCUCCACUUCACAGAAAAGCAAAGCUUUUAAUAAGAUGCCCCCUCAGAGGGGAGGACAUGGCAGUGGUUGCAAACCUUUUAGUGCUUCUUUUAAUGGUGGGAGACGAGAAGAGGUAGCAGAGGCCCAACGGGCAGAGUUAAGCCCUGCCCAGUUUUCUGGUCCUAAGAAGAUUAGUCUGAACCACUUACUGAAUUUUACCUUUGAACCCCGUGGCCAAGCAAGCCACUUUGAUGGGAAUGGCCGUGGCAGCUGGGGGAGACGGAACAAGUGGGAAAACAAACCUUUUAACAAGGAGCUCUUUCUGCAGGCCAACUGCCAAUUUGUGGUGUGUGAUGAUCAGGAUUACACAGUUCACUUCACUGACCCAGAUACCUUGGUCAACUGGGACUUCGUGGAACAAGUGCGAAUCUGCAGCCAUGAAGUGCCCUCCUGUCCAAUAUGCCUCUACCCACCCACUGCAGCUAAGAUCACCCGCUGCGGCCACAUCUUCUGCUGGCCAUGUAUCUUGCACUAUCUCUCUUUGAGUGAGAAGACUUGGAGUAAGUGCCCCAUCUGUUAUGGCUCUAUUCACAAGAAGGACCUCAAGAGUGUGGUUGCUCUGGAAACCCGCCAGUAUGCAGUUGGCGAUACAAUUACAAUGCACCUGAUGCAGCGGGAGAAGGGGGCCUUGAUGGCAUUGCCAAAGUCGAAUGGGAUGAUGAAUGUGGAGCAGCCUAUUCAUCUGGGAGAUAAGCAACACACUCGAUUUUCAAAACUCCUCCUGGCUUCCAAGGGUCAAGUGCUGCAGGAAGUAAUUGCAGAGGAGAAGGUGGCCCUCCUACAACAGUAUGAGGAGGACAAGUAUACACCUGAAGCAUGUUUCAUUGAAGCAGCCAUCCAGGAACUGAAGGAUCGAGAGGACACCUUGGUCUCUGACCAAAAUAGAGAUGAUGAUGUUGCAGAGACAACAGCAGCAGUGGAAGAAUUAGUCCUGAUGGACUCUGACAAAGACGCAACAGUAGCCCAGGAUAGAAAGUGGGCCCUGGAGUAUCUAUCUGCUUUUGAUGAAGAGGUCCUAGAACCACCUCCUGAGGAUUCUGCCAGUGCUGCCUUACCCCUCCCUGAGACUAAGGAGGAGGCAGCGGUGGAUGCUACUGGAGAUUCUGUGGACACAGCAGGCCCAAAUCAACUGGGUGAGGCUAGUCUGCCUGAAGCUGUCAGUGAGGAAUCACUGCUGCCUUCAACAUUCAGCAGUGGGCGCCCAAGUAGUUCUCCGUGCUACUAUUUCUACCAAGCAGAGGAUGGGCAGUGCCUGUACCUUCGCCCGGUGAAUGUUCGCUGCCUUGUGCAUGAGUAUGGCAGCCUGGAGAAGAGUCCAGAGAAGAUCACUGCCACUGUAGUUGAGAUAUCAGGCUACUCCAUGACAGAGGAUGUUCGGCAGCGCCAUCGUUACCUGUGUCACUUACCACUCACCUGUGAGUUCAAUAUCUGUGAACUAGCUUUGAAACCUCCUGUGAUUUCAAAGGAAACUUUGCAGAUGUUUGCAGACGACAUUGAAAAAAGAAAGCGCCUGAGACAGAAGAAAGCUCGUGAUGAGCGGCGCCGGGAACGUAGAAUUGAGUUGGAGGAAAACAAGAAACAGGGCAGAUAUCCAGAGGUUCGUAUUGCUUUAGAGAACCUGCAGCAGUUUCCUGCCUUCAGCUCCUCAGAAGAACCCUGUGGCACGGAGAACCAGAGCUGUGCUCUGCCGUCAUUACUUAGUAGAAGCCCUGUGUCUCAACCAGAGUCUUUGACUCCACUGUCACCUACAGCCAGCCUUGGCAGCCCCUCUCUGUGUGUUGGGAGCCUAGAGGAGGAAUCUCCCUUCCCGUCAUUUGCCCAGAUGUUGCGGGCUGGGAAAGCUAAACCAGAAACAUGGCUGAAAACUAUCCCAAAGAAAGAAGAGAACGCCACCUUGGCACCUCCUGCUCCAGGGGACAGUGACGGGGAGAGUGAUAAUUCAGACCGAAUACCUGUGCCUAGUUUCCAGAAUUCCUUCAGUCAAGCAAUGGAAGCAGCUUUCCUAAAACUGGACCAGCCAUCCACUGCUAGCCACUUCUUGGAAGAGAAAAAAGGCAAGAAAAAGAAACAGAAGCAAACACUGCUGUUCAGCACCUCAGUGGUUCAUACAAAAUAAUCUUGGUAAUGGACAGGUUCCUUCUCAUGGUUUCUU